UUGUAACCUUUCUCAGUGAAAAUCAUCAGAGCGUCAAACUUAAGCUAUAGUCGGACAGAGCGAGCCAGAGAGAGGGAAAGAAAUCGUCUUCUUCGUCAGGGUUUCUGCUACACAAAAAAUCCAUGGCGAACCCUGAUUUCGAGAGUAAUGCUAGAUGGAGAGACCUUGAUAAGCUUCUCCUAAGACCUGGUAAUCUCGUCAACGAAAACUUCGAACCUGGUCCUCAGUUGAGGAGUGAUCUACAAGAAUAUGCAAGGGUAUUAGUAGUCGGAGCAGGUGGAUUGGGUUGUGAGCUUUUGAAAGAUUUCGCAUUGUCUGGAUUCAGAAACUUAGAAGUUAUUGAUAUGGAUCGUAUUGAGGUUACUAAUCUUAAUCGUCAAUUCUUAUUCAGGCUUCAAGAUGUUGGAAGGCCAAAGGCUGAGGUUGCCGCACAACGAGUCAUGGAAAGAGUUAGUGGUGUGAACAUUGUCCCACAUUUUUGCCGCAUUGAAGAUAAAGAAGUUGAGUUUUACAAUGAUUUCAAUAUUAUUGCCCUCGGAUUGGAUUCUAUCGAGGCUCGGAGCUACAUAAAUGCUGUAGCCUGUAGCUUUCUAGAAUAUGACUCUGAAGACAAUCCAAUUCAAGAGACUAUGAAACCUAUGGUUGAUGGGGGAACUGAAGGUUUCAAAGGUCAUGCAAGGGUUAUUAUGCCGGGUGUCACACCAUGCUUUGAGUGCACCAUUUGGCUGUUUCCUCCUCAAGUUAAAUUCCCUCUAUGCACAUUAGCAGAAACCCCACGAACAGCUGCUCACUGUAUUGAAUAUGCACAUUUGAUUAAAUGGGAUGAGGUAAACAGUGGGAAGGCGUUCGAUGCAGAUGACCCUGAACAUAUGCAGUGGAUCUAUUCAGAGGCUACCAAGAGAGCUGAGCUUUUUGGCAUUCCGGGGGUUACUUACUCUCUAACUCAGGGUGUUGUUAAGAACAUCAUUCCAGCCAUUGCCUCAACAAAUGCAAUCAUUUCAGCUGCGUGUGCACUAGAAGCCUUAAAACUUGCAACAGGGUGCAGCAAAACAUUGUCAAAUUAUCUAACGUAUAAUGGUCUUGAAGGCCUACACACUAAAGUGACCGAGUUUUUCAAGGAUAAGGACUGUCUUGUGUGUGGUCCUGGCGUUCUUCUUGAGCUGGACACUUCAAUUACAUUACAAAAGUUUAUUGAACUUGUCGAGGAACACCCUAAGCUACUUCUAGCAAAAGCAAGUGUCACACACCGUGGCAAGAAUUUGUACAUGCAGGCUCCUCCAGUACUAGAAGAGAUGACUAGGUCUAACCUGAAUCUUCCACUUUACGAUCUCAUGGAUAAAACCCCCAAGGAUGUCAUUCAUAUCACUGGUAUGGUCAGCAAGAAUGACAAGAAAACAUCAUGUCUGCGAAAACUGCGCGUGGUUUUUAAAGGAGUUGAUGUUGUUACAGAGAUGGAUACAGCUGGUGGGGCUUGAGUUUUUAUUACUCCCACCUACAAAUUUAAUUCUUCUACUUGGUCUAAACAUUAUUGUAAAUGCUAUAAGGAAGGCAAAAGGAAUGUUUGGUACUUUUAAGUGUUGCUGCCAAUCGGCAAAUAGUUGGAUUUUUUUUUUGGGUGACCGAGUUUAAAAAACUGCUUGGCAGAUGUAUUUGCUAUUUUGGCCAACCUUGUUAUGAAACAGCUACAACUUUCAGUUCUUCCUAUGUGCAAUGAAAUUAUUAAUAGAAA